CCGCAUAUGGUAUUUACGAUGGCAGCUGCGAGCUAGAAUUAGAGAGAAACUACAGGUGAAUAUAAAAUGUGUCUCGGAAACACAUGCAUGCACUGGGUGGAGAACCACUGGUGUCGUCGCUUGAAUGGUCGAAUAAGGCAGUGAUUCUACAUGUAUUGAAGGGGUUGAAAAUGAAGGUCCGACUGUGCUUCGUGAAAAGUGUGGUGCUGUCUGCCUCUACAAGACGCGCUGUGACCUUCCCACCCUCCACCACGCCACCUUCUUUUCUUCACCUGCUCUCACCCAUUACCACCGCCACUUCUGUUGCCUACAAAUCCCAAGAACCGAAAUUACCUUCGUACUUAAGAGUCGUCGCAAUGCCAGUUCCACCAGCUGCACCUGCCUCUUCUCAUGCCCACAAACCACAUGCACGCAACGUCGAGACCCCGGUCUACGUCAUUGUCAUACUCGCGAUCACCCUUAUCAUAUACUGCUUCUGGCUGGGGACCGUGAUUGCUCGAAUCUGGUACUAUGGAGGCCGCGUGCAUGGAGACUUUCAAGUCUACGACAUCCGUCCAGAAUACGCUCGCGAGCGGACGGCGCCAGACGCAGCGGCUACCGCGGCGCACCGCGAAUCAAGCGACGCUGUGGUAGACCGCAACCGCAUGGUCGCGCAAGCCCGGCCAGACGUGAACGAAGAUGAGGUGGACGAUCCCGAAGAGAAGAAGCGAAUCAGGGAAGAGAAACGAAUCAGUCGGCUGCCUGCCUUUUUGCAAGAUGACUGCGGAGAUGCGACCGAGUUUCCCGGAGUUCCCUAUGGCAUACCAAUGAAUGUUUUCAACAAACGGUUCCAAGUUGGCUUCCGCGAACUGGGACUGUCCAAAGUCGCUGAUGGCGAAUGGCUGGCCGUUGACAAGAAUUUCUCGAUCCACGCUACGGCAAGGAAGGAACUGCUGGACCGCAAGCUGAAUGGCUGCAUACAAUAUCUGACUGGAAGCCAUGAAGAGCCAAGUGAAGAACUAUUGCCGGAGGUAGUCAGCUACCUCACUGAACACUUUCCUGGUACCUUCCGCGAGCGGGAGCGCAUUGCGUACCGCGUCGUGCAGAACCAUAGCACAGACGAAGAGUGGAUGCUGAAGCGCCCAUAUAUACCCGAGGCUAUCGAGAUACUGGCGAGGUUGGCAAAUGAAGACUUUGUAUUCUUCAAGCGAGACUCGUUCACAGGACGUUGGCAGCUGUAUGGAGGAGCUGUUUGUCUGCCGUCGGGAUGGAAUCUCCGGGAAAUACUUGGUGCAAACGUUGACCAGCUUGAGAACACGGUGAUAUCCUGGAACAGUAAGUCUCCCAAGCUGAGCAUUAUGGGUGAUGUGCUGACUAUGUAUCUUGACCUGACGGCCAUCCUGGACUACGUCGAACAAGGCGAAGACAAAGAAGCGAUGAAACGCUCGACCAUGUUCAUGCAAACCGACCCAGGCGACCGGCGUUUACCUGAUAUCUUCUUCAUUCAAGCACCGCACGACUUUUUCCCGGGCGACGCUAACACGCUGAAUCCGGGCGAUAUGAUUGUUCGGAGGGAAAUGCAGAUGUUCCGGGUGCUGGCCAAAUCGAAGUGUAUUGUGAUGACAGUGAAGACGGAGCUGAACUACCUGACGGAUCUGGAAGCCAGGGCACGCGACGAACUGGCCAAGGAGAUCCGGGGCUGGCCCAAGGAGAUGGCAAGUCGGAAGGGGAAAGGUCUAUGGAAACGAGUAGUGCUUGGGUACUUGGAAGGGAAGGCCAUGAUGCGCGAUGAUGGAACGGCGGUUGAUGCGAACGACUUUACAGAUAGUGAUUCGGAUUGA